GGUCCCGAUCAUCCUAAAAGUCAAUAUUCAUUCUGCCUGCCUUCUUCAAUAUUGCUUGUAGCCCUUAGCUGCCAGGCCUACAGGUCGCCCAAAAUGCCUGACAUCAAUGUCGGUGCUCAAAUAUUCGACCUUGUCUUCCACCCGAGUCAUUCCACCGUCUACACCGGUUUGCUUACCGGAGAAGUCAAAGCAUUCACUUACGACGAGCAAGGAAACCAUGAAAACAAGUUCUCCAUCCGUCCCUCCAAGAAGUCAUGUCGUGGUCUUACCAUGAGUGAGAGUGGAGACAAACUCUGGGCGGUAGGGAAAGGAAAGGCAUUGUACACCAUCGACACGGCAACUGGAGAGAUAUCCGAGACUCGGAAGGCCGCCCACGAUGUAGCCAUAAACCGGGUGAAGCGUCUUACGCCGAAUUUAUUAUCCACUGGAGACGAUGACGGCGUAGUAAAGCUGUGGGACCCUAGGAAACCGGACGCCGUCCGUACCUACACCCAUCAUUUCGAUUUCAUUUCAGACUUCCUGUGGCUGGAAGACAAGAAGCAUCUCGUCUGUACGAGCGGAGAUGGAACAUUAUCUGUGCUUGACGUGCGCUCAAAACGUACAGAUCCUUUCGCACAAUCGGAGGACCAGGAAGAUGAGCUGCUUUCAGUCGUAGCAAUCAAAGGUGGUCAGAAGCUUGUCGUUGGUACACAGCUAGGCAUUCUCUCCAUCUUUAAUCGGAAGAGUGGUUACGGUGAUUGUGUCGAUCGAAUACCAGGACAUCCGCACUCGGUCGACGCUCUGUGUAAUCUCCCUUCAUCCUAUCCUUCUGCUCAUUCGACAAUACUCACCGGAUCGUCCGACGGUCUUCUCCGUGCCGUACAACUCCUCCCAACCAAACUUCUCGGUGUAGUUGCGGACCAUGGCGAGUUCCCCAUUGAACGUAUCGCAGUGGAUCUCGGUGGUGAAGGUCGAUGGGUUGGGAGCGCUGGACAUGAGGAGGUAUUGAAACUGACAGACCUGCGGGAAGUGUUCGAGGAUGAAGACAAGGAUAGUGAUGCGGAGGAAGAUGGGAAGGAUGAAGCCGAGGAGGAGGUAGAAGGUCAAGAUGGAAGCAAGGAGAAUAGUGAAGUUGAGGCUACGAAGGUGAAAGCUAGUGAGGGGAAGGCUCAAAACCAAGAUUCAGACACGGACUCGGAUUCGGACGAUGAGGAGGGAGACGGGAUUGGUGAAACGGAGAAGGACUCGGACAAAGAAGAUAAGGAUUCGGCCGACGAGCAGGAACAAGACUCAAGCGACGAGGAGGUUCAGACUUCCAGGAAACGGAAGAAGAAGAAAGAGCAGGAUCCUUUCCAAAUAGCAAAACGAAAGAAGGGUCGGAACGAGAUUGAUGCUGAGCCAUCUUUCUUUGCUGACCUCUAGGGUAAAUUUCAUACAACAUCUCAAUGUUGUAGACCGUACCUUUGCUUGUUGAAAUAUUCCGUAUCUUUGCUAUC